UGCCGACAUGGGAAAAAGGAUGCCACAGGACGCGCGAUGACUUCAGUGUACUUUCUGGUUUUGCAACGGUUCGAACGUGAGCGCGGCAACAGAAAUCAAGAAAGGAUCGAGACCAUUUGAAUAUUUUCGUAAAGUUGCUUUCGUGACUUCGGACCGGACCGGACUGCGACUUCGUUUAGCAUCCGCCGUGGAUGCCGAGUGUCCUUUUUGUGGUGCACUUUCAGUCGAAUCUCGGCACUCGCCUGCAAUGGAUCAGGGAAUUCCCCAGAGCGGGGCUAGCUGCCUUGUCAGCCAAGUGGAGCGCGAGAAUUGAAAGUCGUGAAAUGUGAAAGGACGUGCUACUGGCAGGAUAUGUUUGCCGGAUAUGUCGACCUACGCGGGCGCCGCCCUCCUCUGCCGUUCCUCUAAGUGUUUCCUUCAGAGAUAGUGCUUAAAAAAAAGAAACCAAAAAAGUAGAUAGAAAGCCAUACCGAGAACCACAAAACAAAAUAGCCAAAAAAAUAAAGGAAGAGGCACAACAAAAAAUUGUGGCCAUGAGCCUGAUGAUGUCAUGCCAUUGUCCUGGCCAGAGUGAAAGUGUUGUUGUUGCCACAUUUCCUGCUACGGGCGACACAUGAGCGGCUCAGUCAUGUGCCAUUAUCCCUCAAGUGAAGAGCCUGGUAAUUAACUGCGAAAGUUCAAGACCAAAAAGUGUUCAAGACAAACUCAAAACUCUGUCGAGAUUCGGUGAAAUUAACCAUUAAGGAUUAUAGACAAAUAAAGGAUAUACCCGCUGAGCCAUGGAUACUCUGGCUGCGCUCUGUUCUUUGCUAUUCCUGCUCCUCACACAAAAUGCUGCAAUCCUUGGACAGCUGGAUAACAGCAUCAGGGGGAGUGGCAGUCCGCCCCCCGCCAAGCCACCCGCCCCCUCGCUCCGCCUGCAACCAUCGACGCCAUCAAUAACGCAUUUUGUAAAUGACUCCUUCAUCAUCUUCUGCCAGACAGUACAAAAGGAUAUCGACACCAAGUGGCGUGAUCCUCGCGGACAGACCCGCGAGAAUACCAAAGGACGAGUCCAUAUCGAAAAGAAGACAAUGGGACUCUUGGCUCUAGUUUUCGAGCACAUCUCUUUGGACGACAGGGGCAACUGGACCUGCGAGGUGAAUGGGAAUGGUAAUGGCAAUCGGAAUGUGAAUGUUGAACGUGAAUUUUUGGCCUCCUUCGAGCUCCUCGUAAAUCAGAAAAUCUCAUUUGGAAAGACGGAGCAAGUGCAGUCGGUGCGCGAGGGACGCGAUGCCAUGGUCAAUUGCUUUGUGGAGGGAAUGCCCAAACCUGAAGUGUCCUGGCUCUACAAUGGCGAAUAUAUAAACACUGUGAACUCGACGAAGCACAAUCGCCUGUCGAACGGUCUCUAUAUCACAAAUGUGAGCCAGGCGGAUGCCGGGGAGUACACGUGUCGGGCGAUGCGUAUAACUCCGACUUUUUCGGAUUCCGAUCAAAUAACGAUAUUGCUAAGGAUACAACACAAACCAAAUUGGUUCUUCAACGAGACCCUGCCGGUGCAGUACGCGUAUGUGGGUGGGGCCGUUAACCUGAGCUGCGAUGCGAUGGGAGAACCCCCGCCAUCCUUCACCUGGCUGCACAAUGGCAAGGGCAUCGUGGGCUUCAACCAUCGCAUCUUCGUCGCCGACUACGGGGCCACGCUUCAACUGCAGAUCCGGAACACCACCCAGUUCGGAGACUACAAGUGCAAGGUGGCCAAUCCGCUGGGCAUGCUGGAAAGGGUGAUCAAGCUGCGACCGGGUCCGAAGCCCUGGGGCCCCUCCAGCUUCCAGUUGAAGCGAAGCCAACCGGACGCCAUAGAGCUGGAUCUGAAAGCACCCCGGAUGACCAAUGUAACCUACGAGAUGCAAGUCUACGGCUACAGGGUGGCCUUUAUGAGCGACAAGGAGUUCAAGUUCAAUGCCGGCAACUGGAGUCAUGCCAAAUAUCGGGACUUCUCCUUCCAUCGGGGCCAACACUUCAUUAUCCCACAUUUGGAGGCCAACACCACGUACUUGAUGAGGGCUGCCAGCAUUAAUCUGGCCGGUCUGAGUGACUGGAGUGGCGUGAAGACCUUCGCCACUGCCGCAGGAUGCAGCUUAUGGAAUCCGUCGCUGUAUCCUCUAUACGCGCUAAUUGUUGCUUUCAUUCGGACAUAGAGUUCACAAAAAUCAAAACACCAGAAAUAAAUACCCCAUCCCAUUCCAAACUCGUUACUGUGCUGCUGAGUUUUCUAGUUUUGUAUAUCUUCUGUGAUAGAACCUUGUGUGUGCAAUUCACUAAAACCUAAAACCCGAAACCUAUUAUUGAAAUGGAAAUGCUUUUCGCUAAUAUAUACAAUACAUAAAUGUGUAUAGAUAAUUUGUUCAUUGUGCUAUCGCCAAUUUUUGCUGCCAAUCCUAAGUAAUCCAUAAAAGGCAUUUUUUGUACGUUUUUUAAAAACAAAAAAAAUUAAGGAAGAAAAUAAAUGAGUAAACGAUUUUUAAGGUGAGUGGAUUCCUUACGAUACAUACAACACAUAUGCAUUGUCAACUCUACCUUAUAGUUAAAUAUGAAAUGCCCAACUCUACAUAAAUGUUGUUCAAGCUACAAAAAAUGAAUAAAAUACAAAAAAAAAAUAAAACGAUAUACAAGUAAAUCCAAAACUUUGAUGAAUUUUACAACCACACAAAAAAGUCCAAAUUAUUGAUUAAAAACUUAACUGAAAGCAAAGCAAAUCAAUAACAGAAAACGGAUUGAAUUAGCUUAAUUAAAAUAAAAUGAAAAGUAAUAAAAAAAGUAAAUGACAAAAGAAACGAAUUCCCGAUGAAACGAAAUGUUUAGCUGGUAAGCAGGGCGUAUGAGUAAUAUGGAAAAUAAAUUCAACUGAAUGUGUACAAA